AGACUCCCCUCCUCCAAGGCCGCCAUGUCCCCUGGCAAGACCAAAGCGGGGGGCCCCCAGCCGCUGGUCUUCGCAGCCCACGAGAUGGAGUGCAAGAUCUGCUACGAGCGAUUUGACGGCCGCGGCCGCCGCCCCAAACUGCUGAGCUGCCGCCACCGCGUCUGUGCCCGCUGCCUGCGCAAGAUGGUGGAGGUGGGCGAGCCGCCCGGGACUCUCAGCUGCCCCUUCUGCCGCCAGGAGAUGCCCCUGCCGCCGGACAGGGACGUGGGGCGCCUGCAGGACGACGGGCAGGUCCUGGCUUUGCUCAGCUGCCGCGAGAGGGCCCGGAAGCAUGGAGGGGGCGCCAGGGGCGGUGGGGCGGCCCCCUCCCCGGAAGUGUUGCUGUGCCCCAGCGUCCUGGAGCCCUUUGCGGAGGGCGGGCACAGCUCCUCCUCGGACUGCCUGGUCAUCACCCUCCUGGAGGUGCCCGAGGACAUGGCGGCCCCCGAGGGCGUGGGGGUCCUGGAUGUCAUGCGCCUCUACCGCCCGCCCAGCCUGGCCUCGCUGCCCUGCUACGGCCCUCUGGGCAAGUGCCAGCCCUGUGCCACGUGGCGGGCCUUCCCGCGCUUCCUGGUGGGCGUCCUCUGCCUGGUCUACUUCAGCUCUCUGCCCUUUGGCAUCUACCUCCUGCUGGUGGAGCGUCUCAACCUGGGCAUCGUCCUGGUGAGCCUCGUGCCCUCCACCCUCAUCCUCUGCGUCUUCUACAGCCUCUGCCAGUGCUUCUGCCACGAGAUCUUCGACUUGCCUUCUUGAGUCGGGCCGUGGGGGAGAAGGGGAGAUCUGGAGGGCAGGGGCCAAUGCCAGCCACCCUGGAGCCUCCCACCAGCACCCAAGAGGCAACUCGCCCUCCCUGCCCUCCCCGAGUCUCGUGCCAUUCCAACUGCCCUUCCUGGAAGCAGAUUUCAGCAGCAUUGCCCUCCUCUCCCUGCAACGGCCUGGUUGCGGUCCGGUUGCCAACCGAACCAAGGGCAGUGCCCGCCUCGGAAGAGAGCCCUCCCGUGUUUCAGAGCUGGAAAGGCAAUGAUGUGCU